GUAGCUUCCUAGUGCCAUGCCUACGUCGGACACAUUUAAACGAUGCACAGCCAAUGUCAAACCCUACAAACUUAGCAUUGACAUAACUGACCUCAAGUUAUCAUUUCUUUCAUCGUGGGACCGUUUUUGUGCUCUUCUUUCUUCAUCAUAGGUGCUGUUUGUAGACUCAACGCAUAAAAAGUUUUUUUCUUCAUUCGUGCGGACUGUUUCUCACAAUAUGCGUCUCACGCUGCAAAUGCUGAUCUCCCACGGCCGUAUGGCCCGGAGGAUGGGCCUGGGCCCGGAGUCCCGAAUCAACAUGCUGCGAAACAUUUUGACUGGACUCGUCCGACACGAGAGGAUAGAAACCACAUGGGCCCGAGCAGACGAAGUCCGCUUCUACGCCGAAAAGCUGGUUGACUACGCCAAGAAGGGAGACACUGAUGAGAAGGCGAUGAAAAUGGCCUCUUUUUGGCUGACGGAAAAGGACCUGGUUCCGAAACUCUUCAAAGUCCUCGCUCCAAGAUUUGAGAGUCAACCAGGCGGCUACACACGCAUGGCUCGUAUUCCCAACAGGCAGAACCUGGAUAAAGCAAAGAUGGCCGUCCUGGAGUACAAAGGAAACCCCUUUCCACCUCUUUAUCCUGCCAAAAAGGAGAACGAACUGACGCUCAUCAACCAGCUGCUCAAAGGCUACAGAGAGGAGAAAGCACAACAGUGGGUUGCAAAAGCGUGAUCCAGGCCGUGGUGCUGCUGGAUUAAGGAUUUCUGAGGAGUGAAGAUGUGCUUCUGCUGCUGCAGACUGCGGCUUAAAAAGAGACUGACACAUUUCUUCACAAAAAGAACAGUUUAAAAAUCCUGCAUCAGGUCCUGAAAGAUAACAGUGGGAUGACUGUGUAUUAAUAAAUAUUAUUUCAGAAACAGA